CACUUCUCCUGCCUUAACUGUUCGAAGGGACUGACGGGGGGAGUUCAGAUCACAUUUAGAGCUCAAGGAAGAAGGAAAUAACUAAUGAGAACACAGCUGGCUGUUUCUGAAUGACCUACAGAUCUCAAUGGACUGGGCCCUUCUUAUAGUUUUACAAGUGUUAUUUCAGCCCUCUCUCUCAGUCUUGUUCACUGUUGAGGCAGAGCAAAGCAUGUACACGUCAGAGUUUGAAGAAAGUGUCGUGAUGGGCUGCAAGUUCAACCCUAAACCCUCCUAUCCUCAUCCUGACCUGAACGUGACCUGGCACUGGAUCAACUCUGACUCUGUUCAGGACGUGAUCCGGCUGGAUAAUGGCGUGGCGCGCUCGGAAUCUCCAAAGUAUCGGGGACGAGUGCAGCUUCUGACCGAGGAGCUGGCGGAAGGCUGGGCUAAGCUGAAGUUGUCCAGUCUUAGAAUCAGUGACGCCGGGAAGUACCAGUGUGUGGUUCAUUCAGCGGAUGGAGCCGACUAUAAAACUAUAGCCUUGUCUGUUGAAGCAUCUUAUAAAUCAGUGACCAAACACAUUGAGAGGGCAGCAACAGGUGAUGAGGUCCUGAUAACCUGCCAGUCUGAAGGAUACCCUAAGUCAACAGUUGAAUGGCAGAAUGGAAAUCUGGAGACACUCAAUCCCAACACCACUGCUGAAUCAACACCAGACCAGAUUUUUAGAAUCACCAGCCAGAUAAAAGUCAGCUCAUCAGAAAAAAACAACUACACCUGUAAAUUUACAAAAGACGGCAGCUCUGCAACAAUUUACAUUCCAGAUGAAAUACCACUUCAUCCUGCAAAAAAUGAUGCUGUCAUCAUUAUACUGUGCAUAGGAGUGAUAGUGGCAUUCGUCUCUGUCGGAGUGGUCACCUAUCGACGACGAAAAGGAUCCCACAAUCACAGCACUCACAGCACCAGGAACCUCCUGGAAAGACCUGCUCCUACCGCUGCUUCCCGUCUGAGAAGUUAUGACGACAACUAUGAGAAUAAGAUAACUACUUGUAAUGAAGGCCACGUUGAGGAAAAUCUGGGGUUGUAUGUGAAAACGCAUUACUCAGAAAGCUUUCUCAGUGCAGAGCGAAGGAAUCAAUGCAUCACUUUCAGUGCGGAGGAGCUGCCUCGCAGACUGCAAAACAAUGAAGGCCACCCUGUGAAUCUUCCUGCUUUACUCCCGGGAGCUGGUGAGACAUUUUUCCUUGAGGGACUUCCCGGAAGCGGGAAAACAACUGUAGCCCACAUCCUAAUCUCAUCCUGGACUGAAUGGCCCACAGAUUCCCUUUCCAACUUCCUCGACCUCAGCGCACUUCAUCUUCUCUUAUAUGUUGACUGCAGCUCCGUGAAAGACGACUUGUUUCAGGAGAUAACAACUCAGCUUUCACUCACCAAAAAUAUAUCAAUAGAAAAGUUGAGAACUCUUUUAAUCACAUCUGGCAAGGCUCUGCUUUUGUUGGACAGCUACAAAGAAGGAAACGAAUAUUUCGAUGACUCAUUAAGGAAGUUUCUAAGUGAACGAACAGGUUGCAGGGUGCUGGUCACGGCCAGCCCAGGACACUGCCCCGAGCUCAGGCAAACGGUUGGGAAUGAAGGAGUUCGAAAGCUUCAAAUACAGCCUGCCAAGUACUGAGUUUAAAAAUAAUAUUGUGACCAAAAAAAACACUGUAUAUGAGUUAGAUUUUUAACAAAUGAAGCAAGUGUUUUGUGUGUGUGUGUGUGUGUGUGUGUGUGUGUGAGAGAG